UGCAAGAGCUGGCUGGCGUCUGCGGCUCGCCACUAGUGUCAACAAUGGAGACAGUCGCAAUGAAUAAGUGAUGAGGCAGCGUUCCACCCACCCUCACCCAGCUCGGUCUUUCCAACAGGCAUAGGAAAUCCGUAACAUGAAGAAUGGAACAAUCACAGACAGCCUUGCAGAGACUCCCAUGGAAGAUGUAAUCACUACUGACCAGGACAUAAGGCUGCUGAACCAGAAGUGGACUUGACAUACAGCAGUGACGCUGCCUGGCUUUGAGGGUGACAGAACUCACCUGAAUGUGCUUCCAUUCACACAAGAGUUCCAUUCUGAGAACUUGUGCAGUGGUUGUAUGUUUCUUAAUCAAGUCGCAUUUCAGGCAUCUCAAAAUAGCGCUCAAAGUAAAUGAACUUAGAAGUGAAUCCUUUAAAAGUAUUUCAGGGAAAAAGGAAGAAACAUUUUCAGGACCCAAAAUAUGGUGAGGUACGUGAACAUCUGCAUGUGGUUGCUCUGCCAUUGUUGAGCAUCAGGUUGUGUCCAGCACCAUCUUCAAUGCCUUGAACCACUGAAGAGCAUGAGAACUGGACACCCUGCAGGUAGAGGUUACCUCGGCAACUGAGGAUAGCACCGCCUCCAGCCCCGCCCACCGUCCCGCCUACAGACCUGGUCCUCGCUUGCCUCCGAGGACUCUUACUUCCGCCUCAACCUGCCAGCUGGGACCUGGAGGCCUACCGUCUAUGCCUGCGCUUGUGCUGCCUGACUAAAAAUACAGCAGAAGGCUCCGCGCAGCGUGAGAAAAUGGGCCCGAUUUUCAGGCAAUGCCUUGGACAACAGCAACCUGGGAGGGCCCCAAUUUGCCGAGGGAGACGUGGAGCUGAGGGGAGCGAGACGCCGCGGAGGAAGUGGAGUGCCUGGGCCGAGCUGGCGUGAGGUGUCCGUCCAGACCGACUCCACCAUGUCGAAGGUUUCCUUUAAGAUCACGCUGACGUCCGACCCGCGGCUGCCGUACAAAGUGCUCAGUGUUCCUGAAAGUACACCUUUCACAGCAGUCUUAAAGUUUGCAGCAGAAGAAUUUAAAGUUCCUGCAGCAACAAGUGCAAUUAUUACCAAUGAUGGAAUAGGGAUAAAUCCUGCGCAGACUGCCGGAAAUGUCUUUCUAAAGCAUGGUUCAGAACUGCGAAUAAUUCCUAGAGAUCGUGUUGGAAGUUGUUAAUAUCUGCUACUUGGAACAUGCAGUUACCUUGCAGGAUAAAUACUGGUAUUGUUCUUGUAAAAUUGGAAUCAGCCAUUUAAAAUACUCUGAAAACACCAAUAGUUGAUAAAAUGAUGAAAUGACUCCAUUCCUUCUUGUUCCUCACACUCUUCAUGAGAAGAGGAAAGGCUUCACAUUGCGGGUGUCAUCACAACAGAAGAUCACAGACUUUUGUUGCUACUUUGCAGCGCACACAGGUAGUUCAUUGACGGUAUUGGAUUUUCCAGCGGUGUUUUAUAACUGGAGGAUGCUUCUGAUAAUUCUUUCUGACAGUAUUUGGAAAUUAAAACUUAACUGAAUCUUUCUAUUCUUUGAGUUGAAAAUAUAAAAAGAUUUUGGAUCCAUGUGUGGCAGUUUGCUUGAUAGCAUCCAACUUGGGACACAAAAAUAAUUGAAUUACAUAUAUGUGUGUGUGUGUGUGUAUGCAUAUAUAUAUAUAUGGUAAUGGAUCACAUCAGUGAAUACUUAACUAUCUUCUUAUCAUUUAUCUUCCUUUUAAGUUUCAAACUUCAUGUGUUGAUAAAAAUUUUAAUUUAACAUCAAAGAACCAAAAAAAUUGAAUUUUUGAUCUAGCCCUUAUGUGUAAAACUGGUAUCCCACACUAAUGAAUUUUAGCUCUGAUCUUGCAGAAUCCAGUAUGUGUAAUGCUGAGAAGUGAAAAUAAAGUAGAAGCAUUAAUUACUGAAUUAAACAUUCCUUUAUUGAUCUCUUUUAGAACAACCUUUAAAACAGAUUCUCAAGAAAUCGUCAUCUUUUUGUGGAUAAUAUUUCUAAAUAGUGUUGAGGGAAGAGAGUAUUGUAAAGAAACCUGAAGUUCACAACAGAGCUGAAGGAAAUGCUUAAUUAAAAUGGCUAAUUAUACAUAUUGAAAACCUUUAAGAAGCCAGAAAGGGAAGAUGGGCAAGCUCAGCUGACCAGGCUUCUCCUAAGAAGGAAAGAAACAAAAGACAGACAUGAAGGAGAGCAGAAAGCUGUUAACAGGCUUGUCAAAGAAAAGGCCAAACUGGAGAGACAACCGCAGAGGGUACGUUGGGAAGAACUGAAAGGAAAAGCAAAGUACUUACCAUUGUUAAAAGGAGCAGAAGGCAGUUAGAGAAAGCAAAGCAUAGGCCUUAUCAACGUACGGAUAUCAAAAUUCCCCUUCAGAGAAUCUAAAGAAUGAUAGGCAUUAAAGAUGGGUAUGUUUGCCCUUGGAGGGAACAUCAGUAUCUAUUUACACCUUGAAAAAUCAAACAUAGUCUCAUAGUGAUUGAAAACUAGUACUUGGCUUGCUGUGUUCUAGAUGGUGAGCUAUCUGGAGGUAGGCCUGGAAAUGCAGGCCUUCUGUAAAUGCUUGUUGGACUAUUGAUGAAUAAAGACCGGUUUUUAUCUCAGCGAGCACAGGCCCAAGGCUUAUUGAAAAAGUACUACGCAGUAGAAUUAGUGUCUGAAAGUUGACAUUGGUUACGUUUAAGAAAUAGAUAUUGUUCAUAUAUUUGAUAAAUGAACAGUAGGAUUCUGAAUUGUAAAGGGAAAAAACAUCUAUGCUGAGGUAGAAAAGUAUACUGCUAAUGUUUGGAGAAUUUUUUUAUUUUUUAUAAACAAAAUCUAUGCCUAAAGAGCCCUGGUCCUUACCAACAGUAAGCCUCAGUUAGCUAGAAAUUUAUGAAUAUCCAUUCCCUGAAUUUUUGAGGGAUUUGAAUGAGAUUUCCUCCCAUUUUGUUUCUAGCACAAAAUUCUACCUGCUCUGUUACAUAAGUAAGCUUUAUGGUGUUCCAUACCAUAAUUUGUUUAAUAUAGUCCUUCUUUGGUUUGAAAAUUUUAUUGCAGUAAGUUCUUAAAAACAUUUCCUUAAAGAACUAGGCAUUUUGUUAUUAAGUGUGAUCUGUUAACUUCUUUGUACAGACUGUUUUGAAGUAUUUAGUUUAAAUGCUUUAUUGGUACAUAAUAUGAAAAUACAUUUUCUUAUACCAUAAACCAUAUUGUCUACUCUUAUUUUAUUAUUAAAGCGCUGAAUUAGCACAGCUUGUUGAGUCAACAUAUAACCAGUGCAGACAGAAAAACAAAACAAAAAGAGGGCAAAAUGGUUAAUGGCUAUAGCUCUUAGAAAUGAGUGUGUAUUUCCAAAUGUCAGUCUGUUUUUAGAAAAAAUUUAGUCGAUAGUAAGUGUCCCAAACCUGGGACCUAGGAAAUUAUAAAUACAGAUUCCUGGAAACCACCCCUGAAGUUCUUAUUCACCAAAUCUGGAGUGAUGCAUAAGAAUUUUAGAAGCAGUCCUGGUGAUAACUGCUUUGCAGUUCGGUUUGAGAAUCAAUGAUAAGGCCAACCUUUUCACUUUAUAGAUGAACUAAAUGAAGUCUAAGGGGUCAGAGCAACUAGAAUAUGUUCCAGAAUCUUGGAAAGUGUACAUUCCACUGCUUGUUUCAGUAGGUAAGUGCCAAGAUGCUCGAACAGUCUCUCACUGGUAGUAAAGCCUCCUUUUCAAGUGUUCCAAGUCCAGUAGUUUUUAUUUUUUUGUUUGUUUGUUUUUUAGAUGUUUUAUUCUUAAGAUUUGUUAUGUGGAAGUAAAGCCAAUGGGGGGAAAAUCUCAGUCUGAUUUAUGCCCCUUGUACCCAAAUUAAGAUGUUAAAAAUAUCUAUUAGUUCUUUUACCCAAAGACGUAAAAAUACUUGUAACUUGGAAGCGUUAAUGUACUGUAAUGGAACACUUAUAAAUUAACUAUUAGUGUUCCCAAGGUUAUUUAUAAACCUGUAAAUCAUAUAUAUGUGCAUAUACAUACAUAUUUAUGUUUUUACAUGUGGAAUUCAUGGAGAUAGAUAUAUAUAGAGAGAUAUAUCUAUAUAUAUAUAUAUAUAUAUGACUUAUGACUUAACAUAUGUGGGUACUUUCACUUGUUCCAUCACAACAAUACCAAAUUAUCCUCAUUUUAUUGAAGAAGAAAGAGGCUUAAGGAAUUUUGAGAUUUUAAAUUUUAAUUCUUGUUUGACUUUAGAACUCUCCAUAUAUUGGGAGAAUAUUUCAUUAUCUUUUUCACGAUAUACUAGAUCUGUGUCAAAUUAUAAAUUUUAAAAUGUAAGAGAAGUGUGUAAGGCUUAAAGUUUCAGUUCAGAGUACUGAAUACAUGUGUAAUCAUAAAUGGCAUUACUUAUUAAUACUCAAUAUACACAUGGUAAGAUUGUAGGACCUUAAGUAAAAACCAGUCAAAUAAAGGUAACUAUAAGCCUGGUGCUAUUCCAUAGGGUUGGACUAUGGCCCCAUAUUCAUCAAUCCCAUCAGAUCAUUUAUGUUUUUUUAAUCUUAUGCAUCUUGUAGAUGCAGCUGCAAGAUUAGUUCCCUAGUGCUGCUGUUCCAACCAGACUGAUGCCUUUAAGCUCCUCCAAUAAAGACAUUCUAGAAGUAUCCUCUGAUAGUGCCGGGGAUGGGUAAAUCUCUGUUGAUAUCAGGCUAUUUAAUUAAACCAUUAAUUGAAGUAAACAUUUUCAAAGAUCUCAGUCUGUCUAAUCUGUUAUCCACACCUUAACGGCUUAAGCCCGGUAUUUGAAACUGAUUAGCUUCUUGCCUUUCUCUUGCCGUGGCAAAUCGUUCAUAGACUUCAGUUCAUUCUUAUUACAAAAUAUAUCUCAUAGCCAUCUCCGCUGUCUAAAGCCCUCAUCUUGUAUGUGCUGUAAGAGUUUCUAGUCUCCAUUUCCUCUUCCACACUGCUGCUGUAAUAAGCUCUUUGAAGUGGAAAUAUGUAGUUCCACUAGUCAAAAUCCCACUGAACAAUAAUAUGUAGUUUUCAUGACGUGUGCCCCUUCAUGAACUGGUCUUUGUUCACAGUUAUCUGUUAUUGCUACUUUUUCUUCGAGUUUUUCUCUCCAGUUCAGACUGCAGCUACACUGAACUACAGAUAAUAUGUACUGUCACCAUUGUGUCAUAUUCUCAUGCCUCCGUGCCUUUGUUUUCUCCACUUGCCUUCCAAUUUAGAGACAUUGACACUCUCCUCACUCCUCCUAAGCAGCAAGCACUUCUGCACAGUCCUCCACAAUGGCAGUUAUUACAUACAGAAGUAUAUUUAUCUCUGAUUUAAACUAUUAAUUUUAGAAAAGUAUAAGAUCAUAACUGAAACUAGAUUUCCAAAUUGCCUUGCCCAUGGCAGAUAAUUCAAUAAUUAUAAUCAAAAGACUGCAUUAAAAAAAAACAAACAAAAAACCUUGAAAAUGUCACUUGUGUGCUCAUACCUAAUAACUUCUUUGGCCAGAAUAUUUGAUUAACCUGUAUACCCAUAUUUCCUUACUACUGCUUGUAGCAGAGAGUUUACUCUGUCUCAGAAGUGAAUUAAUCACUUUUAAAAGUUCAAAGCAGUUUCCCAUUUUUAAACGAAUAUAUAUAUUAAUCAUUAACUAUACCUUGGAUAUUGGUAAGUGCUAAAGUAUUACAAAGAUGUAUUCCUUUUUCUUGGGCUCUCCAAAAUUUAUAAUUUCAAAACCAGCAAAAUCUACUAACCGAAGUAAUUUUAUGGAUGUGAAGGUGUGCAUCAAACCCUUUUUUAAUGGGCUGAGCAUAGUUCUAGGAAAUUUAUAUCCUUUAUCUCAUUUAAUCCUUAAUCUCUUCCCAAACUGCCAUGUACAUUUCUUCUUUUUACUGUUAAGGGAGCGAAGAUUUAAGUCACACUGAGGUUGGCUCCUAAAUCGCUAUGACUAGAAGAUCCACACUAUGAAUUGUUGCUUGUUGGCCAUGAUUUUUCCUAGAAUUAUACUGAAUAUUCUUUCGAAAGGAAAAGAUACAUCUGGAAAGGGCCUCAUAGCUUGCUAUUGAACAUUUCUGUAGUCUCACUUUGUUUGAAAAAUUGAACAUUCAGUAAUCUAUAUAGACAUCCUUACAGACUUUUUUUUUUUUAGCAAAAUAUGCAUUUGUAACUGAAGAGAAUUGUGAGCAUUGAAAAGUAGGUUUAUAGCCCCGUUGUCUGCUUUGCCAUAUAGGGGGUGUUGUGGUAAUUCCGUCUGCAUGCAAAAUGCUGGCCAAGGUUGGCAGACAAACACAGAGAGCCAGUUUUUUGGCAUAAAUCUCUGAUUUUCUGGCGAAACUUGUUAGCAAUGUAAAAGCUGUUAUUGAGAGCAUAUUGUGAUGAUACAUCAUGUCAAUAUUUGUUUGGCUGAGUAACACUGUGGAUUUAAUAAAUUAAUUCUUAAA